CCACACGUGACCCGGAGCUGCAGAGCGACGCAGCCUUCGGUGCAGUCGUCACUCGCGUCUGGCUACCAGCUCCCCGCUGCCCUGCGCUCGGUGGCGGGCUGGCAUCAGGCCCGGGGAAAGCGGAGCAGGUUUGCAGGGCCGAGUGUCGCGGCGGCGCACCUCGCAGCGAGGAUCAAGAGGAGGAGGAGACUGCGAGGAUAGGCCCAGGAGUAAUGGAACCCAAAGAAGAGCAGGCCGUAAAAAAUAUCAGCAUGGAAAAUGCCCAGAUGAAACGCGAAGAAAAGGAAGAAAAGGAGCAAGCUGCUAAUAAAGGGGGGGAGCCCUUGGCCCUCCCUCUGGGAGCUGGGGAACACUGUGUGCCUAGGGGGAAUCGUAGGCGGUUCCGUGUUAGGCAGCCCAUCCUGCAUUAUAGAUGGGACAUGAUGCAUAGGCUUGGAGAGCCACAGGCAAGGAUGAGAGAAGAGAAUAUGGAGAGGAUUGGGGAGGAGAUGAGACAGCUGAUGGAAAAGCUGAGGGAAAAGCAGCUGAGUCAUAGUCUGCGGGCAGUUAGCACUGACCCCCCUCACCAUGACCACCAUGAUGAGUUUUGCCUUAUGCCCUGAAUCCUGAUGCUUUCCCUGAACAGGGAGACUCCUGCUUCCUAAAUUUACAUGUUCGUGAUGUAUCUUGUUGUAACCUUUUGAUGUCAUUUGUUUACGUGGGUCUCCUACUACCAGCUUCUAAUUGAAUGUUGUUGUGUUUUUGACCCAGUCUGUAAGAUUUUUGUUAGCAGAAGAAUUUUACCUAUUGCAUGAAAUGAUGCUCAUUAUAUAUUGUGAAGUUAAUAAAGCAGUUUAAAAAAGCAA